GCGCGAUCGGUUUGUGCCACGAUACCCGCUGUGAGCCGUAGUCCCGGACAAGACAUUGUCCAUCGUUACCAUGUCUCCAUUAGAUUCCUGUCAAUAAUGUAUAAGGAAACAUGCAACGGUGAGGAUUUAACUCUUUAAGGACGAACUGUAGUGGACAAGUAUUGGUAAUAUGAGUUCCGAUCAGCAGCAUAUCAGCGGCAACGAAUGUGGCUACAAAUUUCGAAUAAUCAUACACAAAUCGGAAAUACGAAUGUGCAAGCUUCAUAGUAUGAAUGUUUUAGCAUGCCUUUAUAAGUUACGGAUUUUUCUAAAAAUCGGAUAAAAAAAUAUGUACGAAUAAUGAAUUUUUAGGGAGGAGGGGGGGGGGUUACUUAUGUGACCCAACAAAGUGGUUCUCCAUCAAACGUUGUUGAAUGACUGGAAUAUGCGUUAUCAGUUAGUUAAAAUCUCCCUUCCAUCAUUCACAAGUAAUUGAAAGCAGAGGAAAAGGAAAAGACUACACACAGUGGACGAUUUCUACGACAUUUUCAGGAAACAUGUCCAAUAAACAAUGUCUACGAACCUUUUCAGGAAUCAUUUCCAAUUAAUAAUUUUUGCCAACAUUUUUCAGGAAACAUUUCCAUUAAACAAUUUCGUCAAAAACAUUUCAGGAAACAAUUUCUGCACGUUCUCAAAGUGUUAAAAACUUCCCCUCCGUCUUUUACAAGCGGUUUAAUGUCCAAUAAGCGUGUCCUUUUCAUGUGUCAGUAGAGUAAGGUAGACCAGAGAAACGCCAGAUCGAUUCGACUUGCAUCAAUUAUGAAGUCCUUAACAGUUCACAGCCAGCAUCCCUGAUCGAUAGCUUCUCCUAGGUGUCGGGCAAAUAAUGGUGUGGACGAUAGUCAUUCUCGAUCGGAAUGUGAACAUUUCCGAAGAUAUUUGCAGAGAAAUGUUGUAUUGUUUGCUAGAAAUGUUUACAGUAAAUGUCUGUCAGAAAGUUUUCCUGAAAAUAUGUGCAGAAACUGUUUAUUGGAAAAGUUUCCUGAAAAGGUUUGCAGACAUUGUUUAUUGGAAACGUUUCCUGAACAUUUAAUUUUUUGCAGAUACUGUUCUUUUUGGAAAUAUUUCCUGAAAAUGAUUGUAGGAAUUGUCUACUGUACGUAGCCUCCAUUAUCAGUAAAGAAAGAUAAUAGAUUGAAUAUACUCGAAUAGCUACGCUUUAAUGAAAGGUAAUCUGUAUGUAUGCUGUUUAUACAGAAAUUCUGUGCGCUUUGAUGCUGCGACUCACUGGGAGUACUUUAUGAAGUGUAAAACUUAACAAUAACGUGCAAGUGCUCGGACUUUGCUGUUAUGACCUGCUUCGAACCAAGUGACCAGGAUCAUGUCAGAUUCGCCGCCACGGUCAAGAGGCCUUUGGCAUCACGCAAUGGACAAGAAAAAAGAAAUUUUCUUCGCUUUCAUCUUCGUGUUGAUUCUAAUAGUUGGGUGGGUAUGAGCACCAAAAUAUUGUUCCCGGGUGUCGUAACUUCUGAACGCCACCACACGGGGAGGGAAGUUGGACGCCUCGGGAAAACAAGAACUCAAACUGUCUCACGCGGCCAAGCAAAUAGCCCACCUGGCUUACACCCUGUUCCUCCGUCCACGUUCGUCCAGGACUGCCCCAGAUUUUUAACACGUCCUUGGCUACAGCAUGUGGGCGGGGCUAACGCCAGAGAGGAAGACCAGGUCCAGCACAAGGCGGGACAAGAGGGAAACAAUAAACGUGAAACGUCACAACCGAGACGACGGGCGAGUCCUCCUUCACCCUGGUGCGGCAGAAAUAUCCAGCCGACAAAUUCUUCGAGAGGUACGCGUGAGUUCUUGAACACCUGGCUCACCACUGGGGGUGUGAACGUGCUGGAAAGACUACUCCAUUACAGAAGUUACCUCAACUGUUCACUUCGCUGCAGUUAUGAUGAAGAGGAACGUCCUUCACGUAUCAUAGUUCAUGAUGGGAAUCAUAACAGCGAUAAGAUUAUACGUGUCUUUGAAAAGACCCAUUAUAAUAAUUCUAGUUUGUUUCCAAGAUUGUCAGAGGUGGAAUUAGAAAUUCUUAACGAUCAGAGCCCUCUGGAUGAUGCAAUGAGUGUGGCAAGUGAGUUCACGUCCACAGCUGUGUUGAUAAAUUCUUCAAGAAACUUCGCGGUUGGGGAUCUAUUGACGGUACGAAUCGACCUCCACGACGUCCGAGGUAGACCACGUGACAAAGGAGGGGACGUAAUCCGGGCGUGGAUAUAUGACGUCACGAAAGGGGCAGCCACACCCGGUCAUGUGACCGACCUCCACAACGGAAGCUACGUGGCGUCGCUACCGCUCAACUGGCCCGGGAGGUCAGAGGUGAAGGUCGCAAUACAUCACCCGCGAGAGGUCGUCCGAUUGGGCGUGUUUCUUCGAGCCGCGCUGGGCACGAUGCGAUACCUCUCGGCCGUGUUCGAGAACGGCCGGCACACAGAGGCGUCGCUGUGCAUGUGGUACCCCGCCGUGCCCGGAUACAGGCACGUGUGUAACCUGACGGCCCUCAACGGCGGCCUGCCCUGGUUCUGUGGCAAGCCGCGCGGCGACAACAACUUGACGUGCACUGAUUGGACGAGAUCCGAGUCCUUGGACUAUGUCUUUCCGCUUCCGCUCACGAGUGCUGAGGAAAUCUGGCUAAACAAAAUGAACAGUCCCCCGUACAUAAGAAAGUUACAGACUAAAGGAAUUACAGUGAACGUUAAAG